AUGGUAUACCGACAUUUGGGCACGCGCGACAUUUGGGCGCAACGACAUUUGGGCGCACGUCAUUUGGGCGCAACGUCAUUUGGGCGCAACGACAUUUGGGCGCACGUCAUUUGGGCGCACGUCAUUUGGGCGCAACGACAUUUGGGCGCACGUCAUUUGGGCGCAACGGUAGUUAAAGUUCAAUGGCGCCGGUGCGGAUGUGGGUGGUGUGAAGUUAUUGAAAGUCGAACUCAACGACAUUGUGAUUAUUGUCGUUUAAAAGUAUGUGUGGAAGAUGGAAUGUCAAAAGAACUAGUAUGUGAUGAGAUAAAAAAGGUUUUGGAAAAACAAAGACGUAAGAAAAAAAAUAUUGGACAAAACGAAACGACACAGUUUAAAAUGAAAUGUGUGUGUAAUAUGGGUGAUCCACCAGUAGAGGGCCCAUGUGAUUAUUGUCGUUUAAAAGUAUGUUUCGAAAGUGGAAUGCCGAAAGAUAUCAUUUCUCUUGAAAUUGAAAAAAUUUUGAAAGAUCAACGAAUAAAAAAAAAUGAACCUGAAAACACCUCAACAGCAUUAACAACGAUUCGUCCAGUAAAUCUUUUACAUAAUGAUACAUCACGACUCACUGAAUUAGACUGGAUGUAUUUGACAAAUAUUUCAAAUGUCUAUGAUCAUUAUUGUUGUGGACCUGUAUCCAGACGAAUUAGAAUUCAUCAUAAAGAUAAAAACCAAAUAUUAAUACCAUUUAGAGCACGAUGUAAAUUACAGCGCUAUUUAGAUUUUACAUCAGAUAAUCUUUCAUCAUUAAUAUCAUUUUUCAAACAUAUACCAGAAUUUCGACAUUUACCAGAUGAAACGAAAACAGCAUUACUACAACGAAAUUUAAGACAUUCAGCAGGAGAUCCAGCGGAACCACGUUACGUGGUCCUCGGAGGAGUGGAGGGGAGAUUGAUGGAUUUUCAAGGGGAUCCACCAAGCUCCCUAGGGGGUCACCAUGGUGAUCUACCAUACUCCUGCGGUGGUCGCCGUGGAACGGGACUGAAUAUUAUUGAACCAAUGAGAAGUUGUAAUAUUGUUCCAUGGGAACAAGAUUAUUUACUUUGGGAAUAUGUUUAUGGUGCUGGCAUAUUAACUGAAUUAAAAGAAAACACUUCGUAUGUUGAUUCACUUUUAAAAGAGCCAUUGUUGAUAAAAUUAAUAUUGAUUACUUUAAUAUUUUCAACAAAUUUUUCACCAACAACUUUCGAUGAUAAAUAUGUCAAUUAUCGGUAUACACCAUCGACAACGGAAAUAUUUUAUUUGCAAAAUUUUUACUUAAGACUAUUGUGGGGUUUUAUGCUAUAUCGCUUUGGUGAAACACAAACAAUUGCUAUAUUAUCAAAAUUGAUUCGACUUUUGUUGAAAGUAUUGAGAUUGGCCAACAUUGUUGAUCAACAUUUUGAAGAAAGACAUGAUCUUAAUAAAAUCAUAGAACUAACGCAGUCUAUAGUGCGUAUAUGA